AAAUGCCACAGUGUACCCCCAUGCAGCACAGCAAUAAAGGGGAGAAAAGCAUGAAUUUUAAAAUUUCACUUUCUCUUUAUAGUCAUAACUAUAUUCUUCUAAAACUAUAAUACCAUAUUCUAUAAUGUUCAUGCCGUUGAUUUGCUUUUCCUAGGCAGAGAUUUCUCUGUUUUCUGGGAGUAUAACUCAGGUUGGAAGUCCUGUUGGAAGUGCAAUGAACCUUAUCCCUGAAGAUGGCCUUCCUCCCAUUCUCAUAUCCACUGGUGUAAAAGGAGACUACGCUGUGGAAGAGAAACCAUCACAAAUUUCAGUAAUGCAGCAGUUGGAGGAUGGUGGCCCUGACCCACUUGUAUUUGUUUUAAAUGCAAAUUUGUUGUCAAUGGUUAAAAUUGUAAAUUAUGUGAACAGGAAGUGCUGGUGUUUCACAACCAAGGGAAUGCAUGCAGUAGGUCAAUCAGAGAUAGUCAUUCUGCUACAGUGUCUGCCAGAUGAAAAGUGUUUGCCAAAGGACAUCUUUAAUCACUUUGUGCAGCUUUAUCGGGAUGCUCUGGCAGGUGGGAAUGCCUUAUGAAUUUGCCCCCUUGGUAGAUAAUAAUUUUUUGAACUGAAAUAUAAAAUAAUGAUACAGAAGCAUGACAUUGGACUUUAACAUUGGUGGCAAGUUAGAACUACCCAUGGUUUGAGAAAAUUAUACAUUUUAAUAC